AUGGACCUUGAGCAGAUACACCACGAAGCCCGGCAGGCCGCCCUGAACGAGGUGAAAAACAUGUUCCAGCGCUCGAACCAGAUGGAAAAGGUGGACCAGUACCGACGGCGCACGUAUCGCAAGAAUCUUUCCAUGGACGCCCAGCUGAAAACGUGUAUGCAGAACCAAACGGAUGAUUUUAAGAUCGGCGUGAAGAAGCUGCAGAAUGCACUCGGGCAGAUCAAGGAGAUUGGUGAUCGGAUGAAGAGUGCGUUUGCGAUGCUGGCCGAUGUGCCGCCGAUUUACGACACGCUCGAGAGCGUUCGGGACGAGAACGCCAAACAUUCGCAGUACAUGACGGCGAUGGAAAAUCUGAAGCAUAUUUUCACCGUCCAAUCGAGCGUGGACAAGGCGAUGGCGUGGAUCGAAGAAGAUAAACUGCUGCACGCCCACCAGUGCUUGUCGGAUUUGGAGAACUCGCGCGAUGACUUGCUGUACGAGCUGCAUAAGCUUCCGAAGCAGAAUGCCCACGAUAAAAUUACACUCAAGCGGUACUUUGAGAAGGUCGAAACGGUUUCGUUGACGCUGGAGAAGAAAAUUCGGCUAGUGUUGCAGCGUACGCUAAACACUGUCCGCAAGGAACCGACGGUCAUUGUGACCGCAUUGCGCAUUAUCGAACGAGAGGAAAAGGCGGAUGCCUUUGCUUUGCAGCAGCAGAAAAACACGGGUUUUAUUGCGCCCGGGCGCCCGAAACGGUGGCGCCUGAAGGCGCUGGAGGUAUUGAACGAGGCGGUUGUGCAGCGGAUCGAAGGAUCCAAGCUGGAGGAGCGGUCCGACAACAAGAUGUGGUUGGUGCGGGACUUGGAGCUGACGCGUCAGUUCAUAUUGGAAGAUUUGCGCGUGGUCAAAUCACUGUGCGUGCCGUGCUUUCCGCCACACUACAAUAUUGUGAACGAGUACGUGAAAAUGUACCACAAUGCGAUGUCCAAAUACCUGGAAGAGUUGAUUCAGACCGGGCUGGAAGGUAACGAGUAUGUGACGAUACUGGCGUGGAUCAUGAACACGUAUCCGGGGCGUGAGCUCAUGCAGCACCCGGACCUUCUGAUCGAUCUGUCCGACUGUGGGCCGCUAGUGAGCAAAGAGCGCUUGCAGGAAAUGGAAACGGCUUAUCUGCGCACGAUGGAACGCAACUACCAGGAGUGGAUGACGAAAACGCUCGAAACGGAGAAAUCCGACUGGAUCAACGGGGUAGAAGUAGAAUGUGCCGAUCAGUACUACCACACAGCCGCGCCGAUGAUCAUCUAUCAGAUGAUCGAUCAAAAUCUGCAGGUCACCAACACGACCCAUUCCGACCUAACGUUCAACGCGCUCAUCCUGAGCAUUCAGCAGAUGGCCCGCUACGGGCACAACUACCGGGCAGCCAUCAUCGAGUACAAGGAACGUCACUUCCGCGACCGCAGCCAGGCUCCCUUCUUCACGCAGUACAUCAUCACGAUCGUGAACAACUGCCAGCAGAUGAUCGAGAUUGCGCAACAGCUGAAGCAGCGUUACUGGCCAAAGUCGAAAACGCAGCACUACGAAGAGUUUGAAAAGUUGGUCAAAACCUAUCAAACACUGCGCGACGAAACCGGUCUCGUUCUGCUCGAGGAAGCGUUCCUCGAUCUGGACGGACACUUUAAUGAGCUUUUCACGGCCAAGUGGAUCGCGGCCAGCUCGGUCUCGGUGGACACGAUAUGCGUUACGUUGGAGGACUACUUUCAGGACUACAACCAUUUGCGGACAGCCAACUUUGAGUACGUUAUCGGGGAGGCUCAGAAGCUCGUCGCGAAACGAUACAUACGCGCGAUGCUGUCGAAGCGGUUGAGCAAAACGCGUGCCGAGUGUGAGGUAAUGGCGAAAAAGGUUGCCAAAGAAGCGCAACAGAUCAAGGCGUUUUUCGAAAAGGUGGCACCGGACGUGGCGAAGAGUGAUUCGCCGAUCAACGUGAUCUCCAACUUGGCCACGUUGCUGAACUGUGAUGCCGAGAUGCUGGUGCUGGAUCUGCACUCUCUGCUUUCGUCGUACCCAUCGAUCACCGAGGACCACUUGGUGCGGCUUUUCCACAUGCGCAGCGACUUCAAGAGCAGCGAAGUGAAGGAGAAGGUACAGGACGCACUAGCAUCGCGAAAGUCAACCAUCAGCCACGACAAACAGGAUGCGAUCUUCAAGGAAAUUGCGUUCUCCGAUAAGCUUUGGUAGAAGUUUUCACAUGCAUCCCGCGGGG